CAAGAAGUCCAUAUAAGGCUCCCAGUCUUACAGAAAAGUUUUCGUUGUUUUUCUCUGACCAAACAGGCCAGCUUUGCUACCUCGGUGAAUUGUGAUAUUUUCACAAUCCACUCCUCCACUGUUGGAAUUUAAUUAUUCUUCCAUUAUGUGAAAAUCAAGAUGAGGCUGCAGAAGUGCUGAAUCAGUACCUGAAACCAGUAAUGGGCUGGAGGAGAGCCAGGAGAUUAAAUUUCAGCACAUUGAAGAUUCUAUAGGCUAAUUUUCCCCUUUCAGUGUGGGGCAAACUGUCAUCAGAUUAUGUACAAUGGGACUACGAAUUCAUUUUGUGGUUGACCCUCAGGGUUGGUUUUGUAUGGGCCUGAUAAUCUUUGUGUGGCUUUACAAUACUCUCUUCAUUCCAAAAAUUAUCCUCUUUCCACAUUAUGAAGAAGGACAUAUAUCUGCAGCUGCUGUACUAUGUUACUAUCUAUUUUCAUUGUUCUGUAUUGCCUCAUUGUUAAGAGCUUCAGUAGCAGAUCCAGGGAGAUUACCUGAAAGCCCAAAGAUACCAAUUACAGAAAAAGACCUUUGGGAAUUAUGUAAUAAAUGCAAUAUGAUGAGACCAAAGCGUUCCCACCACUGCAGUCGAUGUGGGCACUGUGUUAGGAGAAUGGAUCAUCACUGUCCAUGGAUUAAUAACUGUGUUGGUGAAGAUAAUCAUUGGCUGUUUUUGCAGUUAUGCUUCUACACAGAACUUCUGAGUUCUUAUACACUGCUUCUUGAUUUCUGCCACUAUUACUACUUUGAACCACUAAAAAAAGUUAAUGAGGAUGUCUUUGUGUUUAGACAUGAGCUUGCCCUUACAAGAAUAUCAACAUUCAUGGGUUUAAUUAUGUUAGUUGGAAUUACUGGACUCUUUUAUACUCAGCUAAUUGGUGUAUUUAAUGACAUUACAAGUAUAGAAAAACUGGCCAACUGUUGUGAAGAAAUAUCAAGACCUCGAAAGCCAUGGCAGCAGACCUUCUCAGAAGUUUUUGGCACUCGCUGGAAGAUCCUGUGGUUUAUUCCUUUCAGGCAAAGGCGACCACUGCGAGUUCCCUACCACUUUGCCAAUCACGUCUAAACAGAUGGAUAGUAGGCACAGAUGGGUCCUCUGUGCUGGAAGUGUGUUACAGGUUUUGUGAUAAUAGAACUAUGGCACUCCUCAAGUCAAUUAAAAUCUACCCACCAAUCUUAGACGUCACAACGUGCCCCAGGCUUUAUUUUAAUAAUGAAGAUCUUCAUUCUGCUUAGGGAUUAAUCUACGUUUCUCUAUUUACAUUCAAAGUGUACUUACUUUCCAAAUUAGCAUUGCAGAGAAAUUACUUCAGUAUUUGAGGUUCAUAAUAAAAACAACAAUUGAUGUACCAAUAUUACUUUUUUUGUUUUGAUACUGGAUAAUAGGAUUGAUUUUGAUAGAAAUUCUGUCAUGUACACAGAUCAACAGGUUUGGAUGUAUUUUGACUGGCUUGAACUUGUUAUUCUUUUUUAUCAAUAAUACUUGCUAGAUUAUGUAGAUACGUCUGUUUUCCUAUUCAUCAGUUUUAAAGCCUCCUAUGCCUUCUUUUAUUUAUGAUGCAUGAUAUUAAAGUGCAGCUUAUCUCUAGAGAUAAACAGUGGGUUUUUAAAAGAAAGAAUAAUUUUUUUUAAUGUCCUCAGGUUUAUAAAAUAUGUUAUUGUGUAAAAACGAAACAAAAAAAUCCAUUGCUGUUUUGAAAGAAAAAAAAAUGUUAUAAAUCGUAUAAUUCUCUCUUCUUUAUACAUGCAAUAAUUAGCCUUAAGUGCUAGAUGUGUCUUAGAAAUAUAUACCGGGUUAAAAAAAAAAAAGCUUAUCCCAUGAUCCAGCCAAAGUUAAGCACCUUUUAAAUCCUACUUAUAUUAGUGAUACAUUUAGUAUUUUUUCAUUCACUUCCAGAAGAACAGGCAACCUGCUGUGUUGCAAUUUGAAUACUUAGCAGACUGUUUUUCUGGGUUUAAGCUGCAGUCUUACACACUUACCUAGAAGUGAUUUAUUUUGGAUAGAUAUGCAUAGGAUUCUACUAAGUGCCUAAUUUUGGUGGGAUUGUGCCUAUAAAAUUUAUCAAUAUUUACUAUACCAUAUCUACUAAAAACAUAUACAGUACUGUGUCGUUGGUAUAACUAUAUUUCUUGUUUUGUACUGUCACCACCAGAAGUAUUUAAAAUUUAAAUUUCAUGUGUUCAUAGAUUGGGUAAUAUAUGUUGGAGAUAUUUUAACAAUAAUAUUUAUAUAGUAAAUAUGGAUGUUAAAGAUUAGCAUUAUCUAUUGUGUAUUACAUUCUAAAUAGAUUAUAUGAAGUGAAGCAGGCAUGCCUGUAAAACAAGAUUAUAAUUAGUAAAAAUAGGUAAUUUGAGUUGUAGAUAAAUAAUAGCUUUGGUUUGUAUCCCAAUUAUUUUUCAGUAGUGUAAAGUUUUAGCAAGAUCAUCCUGUUAAAAGGAAUGUUUGCUAUUCCAAGGCUUAUGCAGAAACGAAAUCAGUGAUCCAGUUCUGAGAACUGUAUAAGAAACAUCUAUUUACAUCAGUGUUGUCCAAA